CACUCAUCCCACUCAUGAUCUGGCCCAAUUCAACUCCCUUUCUCACAUGGUGAAUCGCUUGCAAUCUGAAGGGUACAACGGAGGGGCGCGUUUGCUAAUGGGCAUUUGCAAAGUUUUUCACAACUAUUGCAGGGAUAACAACAUCAGUCUUCACGAAGGAAAUUUCACUCUCGCAUACGAUACAAAUAUCCCUCGCCAGACAGGUUUUCAGGUUCUAGAGUGCUAUUAUUUUUGUGCUGCACUCAGCUGCCUUCUGGAUUUCUAUGAUAUUAGGCAGCUGGUUAAAGUUGAUGUCAGGUCAAGCCUCAUUCUUAAUGCUGAAAAGGAGCUUGGCAUUGUUGCCGGUCUCCAGGGCAGGGUAGCACAGGUCUAUGGUGGCCUCGUAUACAUGGUACGUGGGAUGCCAAAAAAGAUCUGAUUUUCAAGAAUACAUUUUACAACUUUUGUAAAGUCAAAAUCAGUUGAGAACUAGUCCUGAAGCUUUUUGUUGUAGCAAGCGGGUGCCAAAAGUUUGUUGUUGAAAGUAUAAUUGAAUUUGAACCAAUAAUUAU